GAUCAUUUUCUUCGAAAUGUCAUUCGUGAUCUCGACUGACCGAAAUGUAGCAAAUACAAAAGCCAAGAAUUUCCUCAUACUGCAUCUAACAGUUUUUAUGACGUAAUUGCGUUGCGAUUUCCUAUAUAUACGUCUCGAGUACCUAGUAAUUCUCUAUUCUCACGCUUCAUCUAUUUGGACUAGUGAGAAAACGUUUUUAAAACAAAAAUCUCAUCCUAAAUCCUAAUUCCUAACCUAGAGGACAGUAUAAAAGCUAUAUAUAUCUAUAUAUAUAUAUAUUUAUAUAUAUGUAGUCCUUUGAGCACGCAGGAGUAGGUUAGGUCUCGUGAGUGUCAAGCACAAUCGGAAAGCAGACGACAAGACGGAACAUAGAUAACACAUAGUGAACUUACGUUAGUGGAAUGAUGUCAUCGCGUGAGAAUUUACACAUGUUUCCGACUUUCGUGUGAUAACUUCGUCCAUAUGGGAUAAAGACAUCGAUACCUGAAAAUGUUAACUAAUUAAGCAAAUAUCUUACUAACCAAAAAUGCUUCAUAAAGAAGAUUCUGGAGAAGAGACCUCAAGAGCAACAAAUGUUUUUUUAACAUCAUUUAUUUCAGGUGCUGUCGCGGGAAUCGUUUGUGAUUUCGUGUCUUUUCCACUGGACACGCUCAAAACACGUUUACAAAGCCAACAUGGUUUUGUUCAAUCUGGUGGAUUUAAACGAGUUUAUCAAGGGCUGGCCCCUGUAAUGAUAGGAUCUGCUCCAUCGGCUGCGGUAUUUUUUGUGACUUACGAGGGAUUGAAAGAAAUUUUUCAACCCCAUAUACCCCAGCAGUACCACAUGUUUAUACAUAUGGCCGCCGCGGCAUUGGGAGAAACGGGCGCGUGUGUAAUUCGAGUUCCAGUAGAAGUAGUAAAACAAAGGAAACAGGCGCUUUUACGUGACCAACAUAAAUUACCAUUAAGAACUUUAUACCGCGGUUAUGGUAGUACUGUUCUCCGUGAUUUACCAUUUGGUUUAAUUCAAAUGCCACUAUGGGAAUAUUUAAAACUUUAUUGGAAAGAACGUCAGGGACGAGACUGUAUGCCAUUAGAAGGUGCCAUUUGCGGAUCGUUGUCAGUGGCUAUAUCCGCGGUUAUAACGACACCCUUAGACGUCGCGAAGACUAGAAUAAUGUUGUCAAAUACUUCUGCAGAAAAAACAGAAGUAAAAAUCUCUAUAAUGUUGAAGGAAGUUUACAAGGCAUGUGGUAUAAAAGGACUUUUCGCAGGUUUCCUUCCCCGAGUGGUUGGCUUUACACUUAGUGGAUUUUUAUUUUUUGGCAUUUAUGAGAAAGUUCGAGAAAUUUGUAUAACGUCGCUACCACCGUAAUAUUGCAAAUAAUCAAGCAACAAACAACAUACAUAUCAAUGUAGUAAUUCUUGUUGGAUGUAUAGCUGAGAAUAUUACAAUGAAUUUAGAUGAUGAAGAAAUUAUAUUGAAAAAGAGUUUUAUAGUGAAAGUAUGCUGGCACCAAGGUUUCUAUCUCAAUAAAUUCUCUUGCACUGCACAAAGAUACUAAAUAAGUACUACAGAUAAUUGGUAAUGGCUUUGGAUCAGUUUUGAUUUUUCAUUAAAUCUAAAUGAUUGAGACUUAUAUUUUGAAAUUAUAUUCCUACAUUACAUGAUGAAAGUAUAAACUUAAUUAAUGGUUAUUUAUUUUGGAUAUACAUAUAAGCGUUAUAAUAAAAUAAAAGCAAUAUUUAAAAAAUGGAGAAUAUAUUUCAAAGUAUAUUCAAGAUAUUUAAAUAUAGAGAUAUCUUUACAUGUUUAUGAAAUAAUGUAUUAGAAUUCAUUAUACAAUGUGCACUUACUUGAAAUUAAUGACAACACUUAAAAUAUACUAACACUUUUAUGUCUGCCUUGAACAACACCUAAACCUGUUCCUAACAUGAUUGCUUGGUGAAUUUAAGGUAACUACUUCUUUCGUUUCUUUAACAGGAUUAGUUGCUACAAAAUCUUGCACGAUUACAUUAAACAAUUCAGCUACAAUAAUAAAUUAAUUAAUACCACAUUGAUCAUAAUAAUAUAUACCUAACAUCGAUUCUUACCAAUAUUUUCUCCGGUCUUACUGGAUGUUAUAUACAAUUUAGCCCUCACGCUCGUAGCAUAAUUGUUUAUAGCUCUCAUUUCCAAAAAUUGAACCUCGUCAGGUUUAAGGAGAUCAUUUUUUGUGCCACAAAUGUAUAUUUUACAUGAUUCUUCGACUGCUCUGAGUUCUCUGAUCCAAAAUUUUGCCCUUUGAAAGGUAACUGCUGUUGUAACAUCAAAACAUACUAUAGCAGCUUUAGCCUCACGAUAAAACAUCCUCGUCAUUGCCUCGUAUCUACAAGAAUAUAAAAUUUCUAAUAAAAUAACUACAAAUAUCA